GAACGUCGAAUAGAGUCAUUCACAAACGUACACCGCGAACAAUGUUCCGAUAUCUGUUGAUUGUCGGCCUUGCCUGCUCAGCUCUUGCAAAUGAGGCCCAAUCCGGUCGCAUUGUCGGUGGUUUGAAGGCUGGCGGUGGCCAGUUUCCAUUCCAAGCUUCGCUCCGCAAUCUGAGAAACGCCCACACCUGCGGUGCGGUCAUCAUCGGUGAUCGCUGGUUGCUGACGGCUGCCCACUGCACCAUCGGACAACAGCCGUUCAACCUCCGUGUGGUGGUAGGAUCAACCGACCGUACCACAGGUGGAGAAAGCUACAAUUUCCGACAGAUAGUCGAUCAUCCGGACUUCAACCAGGUUACGCUCGAGAAUGAUAUCGCUCUGCUGCAGACGGCUUAUCCGAUCAAGAUGAGCUCGAUGGUGCAACCGAUUAGGAUGAGCAACUCCCUGGUGCUCGGAGGACAAAUCGGAACCGUGUGCGGAUGGGGUGCCUCUAGCUACGGAUCGGCAGCAGCCAUUUUCCUCCAAUACAUGGACGUUCGGACGCUGAACAACGGAGAGUGCAAAUUGAAACACAACAUUCAAAAUCGAUCGAAGAUUCACGGUAGCAGUGUUUGCACGUACUCGAGAGUUGGACAGGGCACGUGCAUGGGUGACUCGGGAAGCCCACUGAUUGUUAACGGUAACCUUGAGGGUCUAGUUUCGUGGGGAGUUCCAUGCGCUGCUGGACUACCAGACGUGUACACUCGGGUCGCCGCUCACCGCGCUUGGAUUUUCCGUACUACGGGAUUGUAAAG